GAACAUCACGAAAUAUAAAGAUAUAUCAGAUUUUCGUCGCGUGCUUAGCGCCAUGUACGAAUCAUCCAACUGGGAGAUCUUCGAGUGAGGAUCCUCGUCGAUCUGCCGAAGCGGUGGUGGGCCGGUCGCGUCGAUCGAUCGAUCACGAUCGAAUCAACGUGGUGGGGUGAUCUAUUUGAGGAGGCGACGACGCCGUGCAACGAGAAGUCAGUCAGCUAGCUGACUCGUCAGGCGAGCACGAAGUUCCUCGUUCAAGCUCGAGCGGGAUGGCGACGGAUGAUCCCCUUCGCCGGGAACCCCUGAUGUCGGUUGAGUUCGAGGUUUUCGGAAAGGUGCAGGGUGUGUACUUCCCGAAAUAUGUGAGAGAUAUAUGCCUACAACUGGGGAUUUGCGGUUGGGUGAAAAACAGUAAAACCGGCACGAUCCUCGGGAAAAUGCAAGGACCUCGGGCGCUCGUCGAUCAGAUGGCACAGUGGUUAACCUCGGUGGGGAGUCCGGGUAGCGAGAUACAUCAUUGCGAGUUCACGAACUGGGAAACUGUCACGAAGCAGCAGUAUCAAGGCUUCGCGAUCCGCUUCUGAGGGUAUACAUCGCAUAGUUGAGUGUACGUUUACUUCGUUAGCUCAGCUCUAACGCGCGCGAUAAUUCUUCCCCUACACUGAGAGAGCUCGAGAUUCCGUAAUACAAUCGAGAGAACGAUUACCAUGAUUUCGCUCGGAUGCAUUUUCUCUCUCUCUCUCUCUCUCUCUCUCAGUGUAUCUUGUUUCGCAUUAAUAUAUCGUUGGUUUCCGCAUGUGACUUAAGACACGAAGCAGUAAUGUAAUAUAUAUUUAACGUAUUUUUAAUAAAUUAUUUAUAAGCUAAA